AUGGAAGAAAAAAUUGAAUAACAAAAAUAAUUAAUAAUUAAAGCUAAAGUAACUAUCGAUAAAUUAAGAGCAGAUUUAGCUGAAAGAAAUCAAUAAUUAUAAGAUGAAAAAUAAAAGAAUGAGAAUCUAGAAUAAAUAGUAAAUAAAUAUUUAGGAGAUGAAAAGAAGAUUAUGUGUGAAAGAGUUUUAGCCAAAGUAAAAGUAGAAGAAAUUGAAUGGAUAUGUAUUAAAAAUAAUGGAAUUGAAUGGGUAAGAGAAAGUGAAUUUAAUAAACAACUAAAUUCAUAAUUACAUGAAGAUAUUAAAUUAUUAGAUUAUUCUAAAUCUAAAGAUGAUAUUCUUGUUGUGGCAUAAUAAUAUGAUUAGAGAAUGAAAAUAUUAUAGUAAGAAUGUUAUUAAAGUGAAAAGAAAAAAUAAGAAAUACUUACAUUAUAUAAUGAUUUAUAAAACGAAUUUGACAAAUAUAAAUAGGAUAUCACACUAAAUAUUAAUGAAUUAAUUAAUUAAUCAGAAUAAAUAAGAGAAACUACUUUAACUUUAGUUGAUUAAAGUAUAGAUUGUGAAGCAAAAAUUAAAUUGCUAUUGUUAUAGUUAUUGAAAGUAAAUUAAUAUAUAAAUUAAGUCUUGUAGUCCAUAAUUACAUUCUCUUAAAUAACAUUUAAUUACUUUGAAUUAAACUAUUUAUGAAUUGAUCUAAUAAUAAUAAGAAUAAAAUAAUUUGAUAGAAUAAUAAGCAAAAGAGCAUAAAUAAAGAUUACUUGAAAUUGAAGAAGAAAGAAAAAUGGAAAGAGAACAAAGUAUUUUUUAUAUAUUUUAAAACAGAAAUCUAACAUUUUGAAAAUGGUAGAUAGUAAAUCUAAUUAUUAGAAAAUACUAUUGAUUAAAUUACUAAGGAAUUGAGAGAAAAGAAUAUUAAAAUUGAUCUAUUAUGUUAAGAGAAUUAAAAGAAUGCAAAUAUUUAAUAUAUUAAGAAUAUAAUCAUACGUUUUUUUACAGAGGAAUAUUCAGUAAUUAAUUAUAUCUAUUAAUUAUUAGGUAAAAUAGAAAACUAUACCUGUUAUUGCAACUGUUUUAUAAUUUACAGAAGCUGAACAUGCUAUAGUAUAAUAGGCAUGGGAUAGAGAUUCAAAGUCUUUUUUGAGUAGAAUUUUUACAUGA